ACAAACAUGCAUACAGAUUUAGUACAUAUACAAGGAGAAUGAAUAGUGAAAUAGUGUAUGGACAAUGAAAUACUUUUAUAUAAAGAGACAACUGCAUUUUGGAGAGUUGGGAUGACAAGUAUUUAAGGGGAGAGUUAAGGGAGUAACACUGAUAUUCAUACUGGACCUGGGAUUUUUUUUUUUUUUUUUUUUUUUUUUUGUAGUGUAGAUGGACAGAAUGCCUUUAUUUUAUUUCUAUGUGGUGCUAAGGAUGGAACCCAGUUCCUUGCACAUGCUGGGCAAGCGCUCUGCCACUGAACUACAGCCCCUGCCCUGGGAGUGUUGUUUUCUAAGGAUUUCAUGAAGCAUGUGAACAGCCUGCACUUAUUUCCAUAUUGGCAUCUCAAAAGGUGGUAUGGUACUUGGACAAUAAAGGUUGGCUUGAAUUGUGAAAAAUUAAAAAUGUGAUUUUGGGCUUUGGAAGUUUCCAGAUUCCAGCCUCUCAUUACACUGUUCUCAGUUGUAUUUUAUCUUAAAAAAGGAUCAUCUUAGUAGAUCAUCUCAGACAAGAAAAGCAGGAGCUUUGCCAGUGCAACUUCAAUUUAAAAUGAGAACAAUUCAGAGAACCUUUUCUCUGAAACUAAACUGAAGUAGCUUUAGAUAAGAAAUAACCAAUGACACUUAAUAAACCCUUUAUUUGGCCAUGAGUGGGUAGGUGAGAAAGCUGUCAGUGGACCCAAAAAUGACCUGGAGAGAAUUUAAAAAACUGUGGGCACACUUUUUUCUUGUUUCAUGGAUAGAAGUGGAAGUUGCUAGGGUUGGCUGCACACAAGUAAAAAACACCAGGUGGCACCAUUUAUUAGCAGUGUUAUAUUAGCUUUGUGGAAAAGUCCAAGCACAGACUGGCAAGGUGUUUCUGGAGUCAACCACCUGUUUGUACAAUUAAGGCUAAUGCCUCUUGCCUCCUUUUUCCAGUUUUGGGAAAGUCCCAUUUUAGUUUCAUUAGAUCUACAAUGCAUUGUUGAAGGGUAGAAGGCCUGACUCAAUCUAUUGCCAGUGAGAUGUUAUAAGGGGUGACAUCUUUCCUGUCCAUGUCAACCUGUGAACUUUUAUGAAUCUUGUUUUUAAUAUGUGGCCAAAGUAUACGCAACACCUGCUUUGCCAUUUGGUUGUAUCAGGUCUACCCACUGUUUAGUCGUCUUUCUUGCUAAUAUAUAAUCUUCCUCAGGAAUGCCAAAGAUCUGGAUAGGGUGAGACAGUGUACUACUAUUCUUCAGGUCCAAGUUUUCUGACGUAGGCUUAACUUUUAUCUAUGAAAUAGGAAUACGUAGUGAUAUUUCCAUGUGUUCCCCUCACCUCCAUGAGCAGGAAAAACUACCACCAAAUAGUCCAAGAAGGCUUCACAGUGACCUCGGCAAGUAUCCCUGGGGAAGAGGGAGUAGUAUUCACAAGUAAAACUUGACAGGACCGAGGGAAACAUCUGGAAUAACACAGGCCUGGUUAACUGCGGGGAGAGCAGUACAGGACACAAAACAAAUCCCAUAAACUAAUUGACUUGGUUUCACUCCUGGCUCGCCUAAAGCUGUAUUCGAAGUUUCUGUCUCCCGCCCCUUUCUUCCAUCACGACCAAUCAGCUUGCCCAGGUGAAACCCUGUUGUUAGCGUUUGAAUUGGAUUACUCCAAAGAAUCUUUUAACACGUGGGCCAAGCACUAGGUUGGCCGUGAUCAGAAACUAUUGGAACCGCUUUAAAUCCUAGCGUUUGGGGUGGGAUGGGAGCCGAGUUUUUUGGCUGUAUCUCAACCUUGUAAUUCUGAGCUAGUUUGUUUCAGCCACGGUCCCUCGGGCCUAUCAAAAGCCAACGUUAGCACUCUGGGGGCGUGGUUAUCGUCUUGGGGCUCUGGGAAGUGCAGUUCUCUGGGGCACCAGGCUUAUAAUACCAUAAAAGGCCUGGUUCUCUCAAUUCUGAAGCCGUGUUCUGUUGACCUUCUUCUAAGAGCGGUACCCAACAAUUAUACUGUGCGGAAUCCGUAGUUCUUCAGUCCCGAGUCCUUGUCUUCCUAGGUCUUUCGCUGGCUCCGCCCCCGCAAGCCUGGUUUGUCCAGUCGCGAAACGACCUCCUGGCUACAGACCGCACCCCCUUGCGUCGGCUCCUCCUUCCCAGUCCCUAGCUUGGCCCAAGCGCUAGUUCGCGUUUUGAGCCGCUCGUGCCACCAUAGCUGCUGCUGCCGCGGCCGCAGCGGAGCUGAAAUCGCCGAGCGCGAUGCCUGAGGGCGCUGUGAGCCGGGCAGCCCUCGAGCCCCGGGGCUGGCCAGUGAGAGGUCAUUUUGGAAGGCUGUUUGGAGUGAGAAGGCAGUGCCACAGUUGAGACAGGUCCCAAGACUGGACCAGGGACUGUCCCACCGGGCUCCUCAUCAUGAUGGCGGUGGAAGGGUCAACCAUUACCAGCCGGAUUAAGAAUCUGCUGCGGUCCCCAUCCAUCAAAUUACGCAGGAGUAAGGCAGGAAACAGGCGAGAGGACCUCAGCUCCAAGGUAACCUUGGAGAAGGUGUUGGGAAUAACAGUGUCUGGAGGCAGAGGACUUGCCUGUGAUCCCCGAUCAGGCUUAGUUGCCUACCCAGCUGGGUGUGUGGUUGUGCUUUUCAAUCCCCGGAAACACAAACAGCAUCACAUCCUCAACAGUUCCAGGAAAACUAUCACUGCUCUUGCCUUCUCCCCUGAUGGCAAGUACUUGGUCACUGGAGAGAGUGGGCACAUGCCUGCCGUGCGGGUUUGGGAUGUGGCUGAGCAUAGCCAAGUGGCAGAGCUGCAAGAGCAUAAGUAUGGUGUGGCUUGUGUGGCCUUCUCCCCUAGUGCCAAGUACAUUGUCUCCGUGGGCUACCAGCAUGAUAUGAUUGUCAACGUUUGGGCCUGGAAGAAAAACAUUGUGGUGGCCUCCAAUAAGGUGUCCAGUCGGGUGACAGCUGUGUCCUUCUCUGAAGAUUGCAGCUACUUUGUCACUGCAGGCAACCGACACAUCAAAUUCUGGUACCUUGAUGACAGCAAGACUUCAAAGGUAAAUGCCACUGUACCCCUGCUGGGCCGCUCAGGGUUGCUGGGGGAGCUACGGAACAACCUGUUUACUGAUGUGGCCUGUGGCCGAGGAAAGAAAGCCGACAGCACUUUCUGCAUCACAUCCUCAGGCCUGCUGUGUGAGUUCAGUGAUCGCAGGCUUUUGGACAAGUGGGUGGAGCUGAGAAACACAGACAGCUUCACAACCACAGUGGCCCACUGCAUCUCUGUGAGCCAAGACUACAUCUUCUGUGGCUGUGCUGAUGGUACUGUGCGUCUUUUCAACCCCUCUAACCUACACUUCCUCAGCACUUUGCCCAGACCCCAUGCCUUGGGGACAGACAUUGCCAGUAUCACUGAGGCCAGUCGCCUCUUUUCUGGAGGGGCAAAUGCUAGGUAUCCAGACACCAUUGCCUUGACCUUCGAUCCAACUAAUCAGUGGCUGUCUUGUGUGUACAAUGACCACAGCAUCUAUGUUUGGGAUGUGAGGGACCCUAAGAAAGUGGGCAAGGUGUACUCGGCUCUGUAUCAUUCCUCCUGCGUCUGGAGUGUGGAGGUGUAUCCUGAGGUGAAGGACAGUAACCAGGCCUGCCUGCCCCCCAGUUCCUUUAUUACCUGUUCCUCAGACAACACCAUCCGCCUGUGGAACACUGAGAGCUCAGGAGUACAUGGCUCCACCCUGCACAGAAACAUUCUCAGUAAUGAUCUCAUUAAGAUAAUCUAUGUGGAUGGGAACACUCAGGCCCUGCUGGACACUGAGAUGCCUGGAGGAGACAAAGCUGAUGGUUCCCUGAUGGAUCCCCGUGUGGGCAUUCGCUCUGUGUGUAUUAGCCCCAAUGGACAGCAUCUAGCUUCUGGAGACCGUAUGGGCACACUUAGGGUGCAUGAACUGCAGUCUCUGAGUGAGAUGCUGAAGGUGGAGGCACAUGACUCAGAGAUCCUGUGCCUGGAGUACUCUAAGCCAGAUACAGGUCUGAAGCUGCUAGCGUCAGCAAGCCGUGACCGGCUGAUCCACGUACUAGAUGCUGGGCGGGAGUAUAGCCUACAGCAGACGCUGGAUGAGCACUCAUCUUCCAUCACUGCUGUCAAAUUUGCAGCCAGCGAUGGGCAAGUGCGCAUGAUCAGCUGUGGAGCAGACAAGAGCAUCUACUUCCGCACUGCACAGAAGUCUGGAGAUGGAGUACACUUUACACGGACACACCAUGUGGUACGCAAGACAACCCUCUAUGACAUGGAUGUAGAGCCUAGCUGGAAGUACACGGCCAUCGGCUGCCAGGACAGAAAUAUUCGGAUCUUCAACAUCAGCAGUGGGAAGCAGAAAAAGCUGUUUAAAGGAUCACAGGGUGAGGAUGGCACUCUAAUUAAGGUGCAGACAGACCCUUCAGGGAUCUACAUUGCCACCAGUUGUUCCGACAAGAACCUCUCAAUUUUUGACUUCUCCUCAGGCGAGUGCGUGGCCACCAUGUUUGGCCAUUCAGAGAUUGUCACUGGCAUGAAAUUUAGUAAUGAUUGCAAACAUCUCAUCAGUGUUUCAGGGGACAGCUGCAUAUUUGUAUGGCGUCUGAGCUCUGAGAUGACCAUCAGCAUGAGGCAACGUCUGGCCGAGCUGCGCCAGCGUCAGCGAGGGGGCAAACAGCAAGGACCCACCUCUCCCCAAAGGGCUUCCGGACCAAACUGGCCCCAGACCCCAGUGAUGCUCUCUCCUGGACCAGCUCUCUCAUCAGACAGUGACAAGGAGGGAGAAGAUGAGGGUACUGAAGAAGAAGAACUGCCAGCUCUUCCCAUCCUUGCCAAGAGUACCAAGAAAGAGCCUGCCUCGGUCCCCAGCCCAGCCCUGUCCCGAAGCCUGUCCCAUUGGGAGAUGAGCCGAGCACAGGAGACAGUGGAAUUCCUAGACCCAGCUCCUGUAGCCAACUCAGGACCCAGAAGAAGGGGGCGUUGGGCUCAGCCAGGCGUAGAACUGAGUGUUUGCUCUAUGUUGGACCUGCGGCAGCUGGAGACCCUUACCCCAAGCCCUCAGGGCCACUGCCAGGACUCUCUGGCCAUGACUCCAUCUGGUCCUGGAAAGCAUGGUCAGAAAGCCCCUGUAACCUCACAUGCUAGCCAGAAUGAAAAAUCCCCUCAGCUUCAGGCUUCCCAACCCUGUUCCUGUCCCCACCUUAUCCGAUUGUUGUCACAAGAAGAAGGGGUCUUUGCCCAAGAUCUGGAGGCCGCACCCAGUGAAGAUGGUAUUGUCUACCCAGAACCUAGUGACAGCCCCACCAUGGAUACCAGCAGUGAGUUCCAGGUGCAGGCUCCAACCCGAGGAGCCCUAGGAAGAGUGUACCCAGGUAGCAGGGGCUCAGAAAAGCACAGCCCUGACAGUGCCUGCUCUGUGGAUUACAGCAGCAGCCGCCUUUCCAGCCCUGAGCACCCCAAUGAAGACUCCGAGAGCACGGAGCCCCUAAGUGUGGAUGGCAUCUCCUCAGACCUUGAAGAACCAGCUGAGGGUGAUGAAGAAGAGGAGGAAGAGGAGGGAAGAACUGGCCCUUAUGAGCUGCAAGAAGGCAGCCCCCAUACCCCGGACCAGGAGCAGUUUCUAAAACAGCACUUUGAGACUCUGGCCAAUGGGGCUGCUCCAGGGGGCCCAGUGCGGGUACCAGAGAGGACAGAAUCUCAAAGCAUCUCUUCACGAUUCCUGUUGCAAGCACAGACUCCUCCACUCAGGGACCCAUCCUCUUCAAGCCUGGCAUUGAUGUCGAGACACAUCCAGGUGUCACAGGUGUCUGGCGAGCAACAGAGAGGCAGUGAUGCUAACCCCCCAGGAGCACCUCCAGAGGUGGAGCCCUCCCCUGCCAACCCCAGCCCCCAUCAGGCAGCCCCUGUGCUAUUGCCACGUCGUCGUCACAACCUGGACAGCAGCUGGGCUCCCAAGAGAGUGAUCACAGCUGGCUUCUCAGCUGGACUCCAGAAAGCCCAGUCUGUGCACAGUCUGGUGCCACAGGCAAAUGAGAUGCCUUCAUCAGGCCCAUUGCUCUCACGGGACAUGGAAGUCCAGGAUGGCCUGGAUUCCCUGCCCCAGGUUGAUGGCUGUCCAUCUUGGCCCUACUCCUACCAGAACCCUACCACCAGUUCUAUGGCUAAGAUAUCCCGCAGCGUCUCUGUUGGGGAGAACCUAGGCCUAAUGGCAGAAACUCAAGCUCCUGUCUCUAUUCGAAACUCACCACUCAGCAAACUGGCCCUUCCUAGCCGGGCUCAUCUGGUCUUGGACAUCCCCAAACCACUGCCUGAUCAUCCUACUCUAGCUACAUUCUCACCUGUAACGAAGGGCUGGGCCCCUGAUGAGGCAGAACAGGCUGGCUCCCCAGCAGGCCUAGGAAAGGCUCAUAGCACAUCUGAGCGGCGGGCCUGUUUGGGUGAGGGUACUGCUCCCAAGCCUAGGAUGGAGUGCCAGGCUCAGCCUGGGCCCAACAGACCCAGUGCCCAGCAACUGCCAGUCAGCCUCCUCCGAAGCCCUGAGAACCUGCAGCCCCUACCCCCUGAGAGGACUCCCAAUCCCAUGGAAUGUAUCAGGCCAGGCGCAGCCCUGAGCCAGAACUCAGAACUGGUGGUGAGCCUGGAGCAGUGUGAAAAACUUGUGGCAGAGCUCCGUGGGAAUGUGCACCAGGCUGUACAGCUCUACCACUCGGUGGCUGGCUGCAAGACGCCCUCAGCAGAGCAAAGUCGAAUCACUCAGCUCCUCAGAGACACCUUCUCUUCAGUGCGUCAGGAGCUAGAGGCCCUGGCUGGUGCAGCCUUGUCCAGUCCAGGCGGUAGCCCUGGGGCUGUGGGAGCUGAGCAGACACAGGCCCUACUAGAGCAAUACUCAGAGUUGUUGCUUCGAGCCGUGGAGCAGCGAAUGGAACGCAGACUCUAGCUUCAGAAGCCUGUCCCAAGUGAAUGCUUCCCCAUUCCAAACUGUAGCCCCUCUUCCACUUACCAAAACCUGUGGGGAGUGGAUAGCAGGGAUCAGUGCUCAGAGGUGAAGCAGCUUUCCCAGCUACUACUCCAGGAGCCCCUGUAUUUAUUAAUUUAUUUCCCAGACUGUUGCCUCACAUCUUUGAAACUCCAGCCUCCACAGCCGUUCUAGUGGGUCAUGGCAGGGGUAGGUCUUGGGUCUUUGUCAUCAUGGUGCUGUGAGGGCUAGGAGGGCAGCCUGCCCCAUCUGGGGGACACUGGGAAGGGCUUGCCCUCUUUUUUAGAAGCCAUUUGAAAUUACUUCAGGGAUCAGCUCCCUGGGGUGGAGCAUUCACAGGGUACUCCAUGGGGGUAGAGGUGAGAGGUAAUGUGGUAUUCAAUGCCCUUCAGUCAACUGAGGACUUUCACCUCUAUUUCCUUUCCCCUCCCACACCAGCUACACUCUCCUGGCUGCCAGAGCAGGCGUUGUUUCCCCCAGUUCCUGGCAGUUUAGGAAGGCGGACAGAGCUGCCAGGACUUCCAGAGCAUCCCCAGCCAUCAGGAAACUCAAAUUGGUAUCAGGACCUGAGCCUCCACAUUCCACUUCCACUCAACCCCCAAGAGGGCCCUCGUAUUGUCUCUACCCUUGUGCCCCCUUUUCUCUCUCUGGCAGAGCUUGUGGAUCCAGCUCUGUGCCAUUGCUGCAGGACAGUAAGGUCCUCUGCUGGGCAAACAUGAAGCCCUGUCCUCCUUUCCUUAGUUCCUUAGCCUUCUCUAUCCUCCAGCCCUAGUCCUCAGCAGGCUACAGAAGCCCAAGGGUCACCAAGUUCUCCCUGCAUCCUGAGUGAUGCUGUCAGAAGCCUGUGUGAAAUUUCCUUCAUGGUUUACAGGGCACUUACACACCUUCUGAGGACCUUGGCCACAGAUGAAGUCUCACAUAUACGUACAAAAUGUACACACACAAACAGUUGGGUGCUCAUUGCUAAAGUCCUUGGAUGGCUGAUAUGUGCCUGGGUUCCUCUCAUAUUCUGCCUCAGUUUCACUACCUUAACUUGUGUGGAACUUAAAAAGGAAUGGAACACACUACAUCCAAAUUCUGGAUUCUUCAUGUCCACAGCCUAGCUAUGUGAUGGACCAUUAGACACCUAGUAUGAGGAGCCUCCUCAAAGACAGUGCUGGGUACCCAUCAAGGGCUCUACAGAUACUGGAGGUUGUGGGGAGGGAGGCAGCAGGGCCAAGAGACACACAGGAAAAGUGGUAGGUGGGACAGGUAAGUGGCAGAGGUGAGGGACAGAUUAGAAUUUAAGGGGCCAUUCUUGGGUUGAGGGGAAGGAGAGGGUGUAGUAGGCCCAUGGUGUUGGACCAAGUAGUGAUGCAGUUGUUUCAGAGUAGGGGUGAAGAAUGUGUCUCUGGGCCCUCCUGCUUCUCUCUGCCCCAGGUAAAGCAGGGCAGCUUUUACCACAGCUUCAGGCCACAAAAAAGCCGGCUUAUCUGGCUGCAAGCUCUGUAUGUAGAAGCUAUGAAAAAAAUUGGGUUAUGGAGCAUGCCCAGCUCUGUUCAAUCAGCCUGAAUGCCCUAAGAAGACCAAAACGUUUCAUGCCCCCACUCUUCUCUACCACCAGCAUCUGCAUGGUAAAACUCAAAUGAAAUCCUGGCCUCCAAAACUCUCACAGCUGGCUGUGGACCCCUGUCAGCACUGUAGCUGCCUGCCUGAGGGUAGAAAUUCACUCCAUCUGUGCCUGCCCCCAUCACCACCAACAGCCACAGCCCACCACAAAGGCUCAGGCUUGGCACUGCAACCCCCUUGCUCCACCCCGGGGCCAGGUUCUUAGCAAUCCUCAGUCAGAUGCUUUAGGAGAGAGCUACAUUCCUGCUUAGGUUUGUGAGAAGGUAGCUGCCCUUUCCCUAUCCCCUGCCCAGGGUGGGUGGGGGUCUUGUGGCCGUGUCGGCACCCCGACCCCUUCUGCAUGUCUGAGGCCACCGGUAACUGCCGCCCCUGUCCAUACUACCCCGUCCCAGUUUUGAAAGCCCCUUAUUUAUAACUUUUAUACUUUGUUCCGGCAGUGGCGCUUGUCUCCUCCCCAGCCGCACGGGGCGGGAGCUGUUUUUAACGUGUCCGUUUGUACUGAUGUAUGAACUUGUCAAUAAAUACAAUCAUUUGUUAA